UACGUUCAGUGAAGUGGUAAUACGGUUCCCAGCCACACGCUGUAGCGCCAGCUCCCGCCUGACUGUCUGCGUAAAGCUCGGCGAAUCUCAAGUGGACCGUGAAGGUAUUGGUUCAGUAAAUUCUCCCAAACAGAGGAUCUGUUAUUUGUACAUCGUCCUCCCUCCCCCACAGCCACUUCUUCUUGUGCCCACUACAAUGGAGAGAGAAUGAGAAGAGGUGCUCCAAGCAGAACAUGAGAAUGGAGACGUGCACAAAGAACAAUAACACCACACUCAGAAGAGGUGAGAGUGCGAUGAGAAGAGGAGCCAGAGAGUGAGGCGAUGGGCUGCACCUCUGCUAAGCAGGUGUCGGCCGUGCCCAGCGACGAGGAGGGCCGGGGCAAGGCCUACAGCAACGGAGACCUCUUCACCGAUGAGUACAAGAUGAAAGGAGUGGAGGAGGUGAAGUACAUGCGUGGAGAGGAGGACCGGGUGAACGCACGCAACCAGGAGAACCUGGAGAAGACCUCUUUACAGUACAGGGGGAAACCGCACAAAGAAGGCUCUGGAGCCAACGCCAACAGGACAAAUAUCCACACAUCAGAGAGCCAGCAGGAGUUCUUCAGGAUGUUGGAUGAGAAGAUUGAGAAGGGACAGGACUACUGUUCAGAGGAAGACGAGGCAGAGGAUGGGACAUAGCAAACGAGGCCUGACUCAACCCCCGACAGAGAGCCUCCCAGAGUGUGUGCGAGUGCAUGUUCGUCUGAAUCAGUGUGUGUAUGUAUGUUCCACUGCCUUUGUAUGUGAUUCUGUAUGUGUCUGUGUGAGCAUGUAGGUUUUUUGUGUGUGAAAGCGAGAUGGAUAGCUAUUCUCAAAGACUGUUGCCCCCCUCUUGGCUGUCGUCCCAUUGGGCCCCUGAGUGGAUUACUGGAGGGAGAGACGAACGAGGAGACAUACAGACAGACAUGUGGACUCACUGCCCUGCAGGACUAUGGAGAGACGCACAUGGAGACGGACAUGCAAACCGACAUGUGGACUCACUGCCCUGCAGGACUAUGGAGGGACCCUCCCCUCUACCCCAACUACCACCCCAGUGAACUGUACUGUGGUCCCUGGUCCAGCUUUGUGUAUACCACCCCAUGACUACAACAUGGAGAAGGAGGACGAACAGAGGAAGAAUGAGCAUUAUGGGAGUCUGGGAGACACCCUCAUGGUUUCCACCCUCCAUGGCCCUGACUUGUGCUUUGCUUGUGAGGAGCAGAGAUGUGGAUAGAGAAAGAGAGGUGCUGGGGAGGGGGAGGCACUUCCAUAACCCCCAUCAGACAACGGAGGCUCGCUGCUGCAGUGGGCCAGAGGACCUGCGAGAGGGUAGGGGAGGG